AUCUCAUAUACCUAAUUUCCUUUCUCUUUUCCCGUCUUUCACGAUGGAGAGCUUCUUAUUCCAGGAUGUCAAAUUUACUAUUCAUCGCUCGAUAAAGAAAGAGGAUGUGGAAAAGCUAAUGGCGGCGUUGGACGCGAACGGCGCGACCGAAGCAGAAGUCGAGAGGGAGGCAACCCACAUCAUCACAGAUAGCCUCGAGGUUGGCAUCGAUAUGGAGACAGACGGAAAACGAAUACAUCUUGUUACUCCUGCGUGGGUCACACGAUGUAUGGCGCUAGGAAUUAGGCAGGAGGAACGCUUCUAUUCCCCGGAUCCGAAGAUGCUCUUCUCUGGCAUCGUGGGAUGCGCGUCAGAUGCGUUCAAGAGGAAGAAAACUGUUGGCACCCUAGAAUGGCUCGUUUAUGCUCUCCGGGACGGUCGGCUAUCAAAUCCGCGGGAACAGCUCAUGCAUUUUCCUCAUCCAAAGGGACCUUGCGGCAAUUUUGCCACCUAUGAAAUGACUGUGACUAACUAUACCGGGCCUGCACGGGACUACGUCAAGCUGCUGAUUGAGGCGCUUGGGGCGAAAUUCACUCCAACAAUGUCUGGCUCGACGACUCACGUCAUCGCUGGCUAUUGCCCGCCUAACGAGAAAGUCAGCGCAAAGAUUGAGCGAGCAGAAGAAUGGAAAAUCCCUGUUGUUAACCACCUUUGGCUGGAAGACUGUUUUGUGGAUUGGAAGGAAUCUCCUGUCAGU